UGAACCUGUAGAGAGCCAAUCGAAGUGUGAUAAGGAAGUUAACUGGAUAAAAAAAUCCCAUUGUGGUGGGGUAGCACCUGUAGAGCCUGUGUUUGUCUGUUGAUUGAAAGCACCGAGGAGCUAAGCUGAUCUAGCUCUCGGCAUAAGCAAACCUCAGUUCUCAAAUCACCAGAAGCUGGCACGAUCUGCCGCCUGGGUCAGCAGAGGAUCUACGUAGGUCUUCUAUCAGCUGGGUCCAGUGGGGCCGCAUUGUUCUGCUCUGCUCCUGGGCCAUGGUACAUCAGAGUUUAUCUGCAAUAUGAGCAUAACUCCAUCCACCACCCUGGAAAGCCCUCUGACCUCCACCUGGGGACCUACUAUCCCUUAUCAUGAUGGUCCACUGGUGAUGCCUGGUUACACCAGUCGGCUGUGGUCCCACGACUCCCAGCCUCAGUUCUGGAGCAAGUACCAGGUGUGGGAGUGGCUGCAGCAGGUCAUGGACAUCCACCAGAUUGACGCCUCCAGCAUUCCCUUCCAAAACUUUGACAUGGACGGCCAUCAGCUUUGCAGCCUGAACUACCAUGAUUUCAUCCGUGCUGCUGGCAGCGUGGGACACAUUCUUUACAACAGCAUCACAGAGCUCAAAUCGGGUGGUCAGUACCAUUUGGAAAUCGGGCAGCUGGAGCUCAAACAUGAAACAGAUCUAUGUCCAUUUCAAGAUCCCAGCUAUCCGCCUGGAGAGAUUUAUGAUCCUUCAGUUCACCCCCUUGCUCCCAAUGUCUCCCCCACCCCUUCUAGUCCUGACAUUAAACGGUCUUUUAGUCGAAGUCAUCAGGUCAAAAAACACAAUCCCAGAGGGACUCACUUGUGGGAGUUCAUAAGGGACAUUCUUCUGAACCCAGAGCGGAACCCCGGGCUGAUCAAGUGGGAGGAUCGAACAGAGGGAGUGUUUCGUUUCCUGAAGUCUGAGGCCGUGGCUCAGCUAUGGGGAAAGAAGAAGAAUAACAGUAGCAUGACCUAUGAGAAACUAAGUCGUGCAAUGAGAUAUUAUUACAAGAGAGAAAUCCUAGAGCGAGUGGAUGGGCGCAGACUGGUUUACAAGUUUGGAAGGAAUGCAAGAGGCUGGAGAGAGGCAGAGAAGUGAUAAUUUCAUUAAUUUAUAUUUGUCAUGCUGUUGUGCAUAACUGUAACAUUUGAACGUGCUUUUUAUUUGCCUUUUUUUUAAAUAUAGGUGUGUUUACGCUGUUUACAAGAGUUUUCGAUUGUUUCCCCCCUUUUCUUUUUGUGUUCCUCUUUGUAUUGAUACUGCAUUGAAAUCCUUUACAAGCUGUGCCUUAUUGGCAUUCAGGCCUCAAAAGGUGUGUUUACAUAAAUUUUUGCAGAUGAAAAGCUAAACAAAAGCUCUAAAAAGGUACCAUUAACAUUGUUUUAUUUUUAUUUUUUUUAUGAAAGCAAAUAUGAAAACAAGAGUCCCAAAGGAACACAUGUUGAUAUGGCUGUCAAAGCAUGUGACAAACAUGUAAAUGUUACAUGUUUUGAUACUGACACUGUGAAGUGUCCUUUGGGAAGCAUGCUUGAUCAUUCAGUAACGAUAAAACUAAAUGAUAAAAAGAUAAAACUUUUUUUUUUUGUAUCCCAAAAAUGCAGUGCAGUAAGGACAUACAAAGUAAAUGUUAAUAUUUACAGGGAAUGUAAAGCUUGCUCUUUUGCCAUCACAUGCUUCUCUCUCAUUAGGUUCUAUGUGUUUGUUGAAGUUUGAUACAAAUAAAGUUUGCUAUUGUUUUUAUUUCACCAAAGUCCUUUUUAGGAGUUGAAUGUGCUGUUAAAUAUGAAACGGAAUUUGUAGCUGAUAAGUCAAAGAGAUGUUGAUGUUACCAGCAAGCCGUCAUGCAAAUUGUAGCAUUUUUUUUAUUUUUUUUUAUUAGAAAACUUGAAUGACAUUGUCAACUGGCUGUAGUGAACAGCAACAGUUCCAAAUAUUUUCCUACUGAAUCUGUUACAAGCUUGCCUCCGAAAAGGCCCAGCUCUUUGAUAGUGCAGGUUCCUUUUGUUUAAUCGUGACACUAUGAAAUGCCAUGCGGUUAAUUGUUUGCCCCUGUGUCCCCCAAGCUGGUUCCAGCAGACAGCUGACAAAUGACUGGUCCUUGAUUGGCCUCGAGAUAAAAGCAGUGUCAAUAAAAGGCGUCUUUCUUUGGCCUGUGUUCACAAGCAAAUUCAUGUCUAAUCUUCUGCCCGACUUAUCUGGCAUUUGUGACCCUUCUUUACAUAAUGUGACAUUCACUGACACUA